UCACGUGGGCGAGCCGCGGCUUAGGACGCGCGGCCAGCCUUGUCACGUGACCCACGCCCCUGCUUCUCUCAGGGAUGGAGCCGGAAGAGGGGACGCCCCUGUGGCAGCUGCAAAAGCUGCCGGCCGAGCGGGGCCCGCAGCUUCUUCACAAAAUAAUUGAUGGCAUUUGUGGUCGAGCUUAUCCUGUGUACCAAGAUUAUCACAGUGUUUGGGAAUCAGAAGAAUGGAUCCACGUUUUAGAAGAUGUUACCAAAUUUUUCAAAGCUGUAGUUGGUAAAAACUUACCCGAUGAAGAGAUACUUCAGCAAUUGAAUCAGUUGAAUUCAUCUCAUCAAGAAACUAUCAUGAAAUGCGUGAAAAGUAGGAAAGAUGAAAUCAAACAGGCUCUGUUAAGAGAAAUAGUUGCUAUUUCCUCUGCACAGCUACAGGAUUUUGAUUGGCAGGUAAAGCUUGCACUCUCCAGUGACAAGAUUGCUGCAUUACGAAUGCCACUUUUAAGCCUGCAUCUAGAUGUAAAAGAAAAUGGUGAAGUAAAACCAUAUUCUAUUGAAAUGAGUAGAGAGGAACUGCAGAAUCUAAUACAUUCCUUGGAAGCAGCAUAUAAGGUGGUCCUGCAGUUGAAAUAACUGGAAAUGAUGAAUACCAGUGCUAUCGGAUUUUAUUGCUCCAACUUAUAUGGCAGAGUGAAUACUGUGUGUUCAGAAAUGCUGCGAUGUCUUGACUGUUACACCAGGCUGAGAAAGCGGCAGUGUUGAUAUUAUAAAGAUAAAAAUUUAUCAACAUUCCUUAACAGGAAAUUACAUGGUUGAGAGGAAAUGCAUAAAAUGAAAGAUGAAAAAUCCAUAGUAGCAGUUUAUAUUUUCAUGAUUGUUUUGCUUCAUUUAUUAAAUAUUUGAGAAAUCUUUGGAGAUACACAGUUUUAUUGAAAGCUAAAAAUAAGUUCUAAUGUAAUGUAAACAUAUAAAGCACAAAUAUACUUGAAUAUUGCUUAAAGAAUUAUGUGAAUAGCAACUUAUAUUAUGGAUAUAUAAUUACUUUGUCAUAUUUUUAAAAAUUAACUUUUUCAAAGAAUGUAUUAGCUGCAUAUAUAACUCAGGAGAUUCCAUAUCUUUCUCAUAUUUCAGAGGAAAGAUUAUAAAAUGUAAAAUUUCUUAGAGACUAUCUCUUUGUUGGAGACAAACAAGAACAAAUACUCUAAACUUAUGUGAACAAUUUUGAGUUUAUGAAUUCUAGAAACUAAAAUCUCUACAAUAUAGAAAAAUGAAAGUAACAUUGUUACUUCUGCAUUUCUAUGUUUGGGAAACAUUGCUCUGAUAAAAAAUAGAUGUCAUUGUGCAGUGUGUAUGUUAUUCAAAUAUCAGAUAAGAUUAUGUCCAGGUCCACUUUUGUUAAUAAACUCAAUAUUGAAUACUUUUGGAUGUUAACAGAUUCAUUGGAAAAACAAACCAUUUGUAACCUCAGUUAACUUUAAAAACAAGUAUUCUGAGCAAA